AUGGGAACCGCCGGUAUGUCGGCGGCCACGGGCGUGCCACCCCUCCAGAGUUAUCAGGGCCAAGCACGCGAUGAUCAAGUCGGACAUGUCGAGAUCGGCGAGCGUGCCGUCCGUCCCAGGCAUAUUAAGAGCCGCCGGGAUGUAGACGGUGCCGGGCAUGUUGGGGACCGCGGGCGUAGCAUCCUUGGUGGGUUAACCAGGGCCAUACACGGGGUAGUCGAGUCGGGCAUGAUGGGAUCCUCGGGCAUGGCGGCAGCCUCGGGUAUGGCGAUGGCCUCGGGCACGUCGUCCGUUUCGGGCAUGGCCGCGGCCUCGGGUAUGGCGUCGGAGUUGGGCAUGGCGGCGGCCUCGGGCAACAGGCAUGGCGGGGGCAUCGUUCAUGUGGGCGGUCUUGGGAUGGCGGUGGCCUCGUGA